GACAUCUGCCGCUGGUUGUACUUUUUUGGGGCUUCGUGAUGAAGAUUGUUGCGCCAGCUUGGGAGGAGAGUCGGUGAUGAAGUUCGUAGGUUGUUGGGUGAGAAUUGAGGGGGGGACAAGAAAGAAACAGCUCUGAGAAGGUCAUUUACUUCGUAAUCUCUCAGCGCUACACUGCCGUGAAAGAAAAGCUCUACAUAUCUUUCAAGCCCGCCACCAGACGAACCCUCGAAUCCAAGCACGCGAAGAAGAAGAAGAAGGAGAAGGAGAAGAGAUGCUAUUCCAGGUGGGAGGGCAAGGGACGCGUCCCACCUUCUUCGAGAUGGCGGCUGCCCAGCAACUCCCGGCCAGCCUCCGAGCCGCUCUCACCUACUCCAUUGGCGUACUUGCCUUGAGAAGACCUUUCCUUCACAAAAUAUUGGACUAUGAAGAUGAGUUCUUUGCACUGCUGAUGCUGGUUCUCGAAAGUCAUAGCUUGCGAAUUACAGAUGCUUCAUUCUCCGAAUCUUUAUAUGGGCUAAGAAGGAGGGCAGUGAAGAUAAAAGUGCGAAAGGAUGAUGCUCUUUUGAACUCAGGUGAUAGAUUGCAUCAUUCUGGGUUAGAAAAGCGCCAGAAAGUCCUAUCUGUUGUGUUUCUGGUGGUCUUGCCAUACUUUAAGUCAAAAUUGCAUUCCGUAUACAACAAAGAAAGGGAAGCCAGACUUCAAGCAAGCUUAUGGGGGCAUGGGGAAGAGAGUUUGGAUAAUUUGGACUACAUCACUGGAGGAGAGGAUGUUGUCGUCUCAAUGGGUACUUCGAAUGCAGAUCGAUCAAUCAGAACACACUUGAUGAAGAGGAUUCAGAAAAUAGUAGGUGCUUGCUACCCAUGGAUACAUGCUAGCUGUGAAGGAUUGUCGUUUGCCUAUCAAUUGUUGUAUCUAUUGGAUGCCACUGGCUUCUAUUCUCUGGGCUUGCAUGCACUUAAUAUUCAAGUUUGUCGAGCUACUGGGCAAGAGCUGAUGGAUACUUCAUCAAGAAUAUCAAAGAUACGAAAUCAAGAACGCACAAGACUUCGUGGUCCUCCAUGGCUGAAGGCAGUGCAAGGUGCCUUGCUUUCCUGCACGUAUACAGUGCUUGACUACGCACAGACUGGAUUAAUUGCAGCAGUAUUCUUCUUUAAGAUGAUGGAGUGGUGGUACCAAUCUGCUGAGGAGAGAAUGUCAGCUCCAACUGUGUACCCUCCACCACCACCACCUCCACCUCCGAAGGUUGCCAAAGAAGGGAUUCCACUGCCACCAGACAAAACAUUAUGCCCUUUGUGCUCACAAAAGCGUGCAAAUCCAUCUGCAGUUACGGUCUCAGGGUUUGUCUUCUGCUAUGCAUGCAUUUUCAAGUAUGUUUCGCAGUAUAAGCGCUGUCCAGUCACAUUGAUGCCUGCAACCAUUGACCACAUAAGGCGGCUCUUCCAUGACAUGUAGGAUACUCAUAUGCACAGCCGGCGAUCAUCUUUCUGAACAUGGCCUGAAACCAUGGCCGAACUGAAGGAAACUACAUGCUGCAAUUGAACCAAAGAUCAUCUUUAUGAGCAUGGAGUUGUGGCUGAGAAGUAUGUCAUACUUUCUUUCGCAUCUUGUGACUUCAUUACAUGCUCACUACGUGCGGAAGUAUCUUUUGCAUUACUCAAGCCCAGUCACUUGCCUCACUUGUUUUUUUCUGCGAAAAAAGGAAAGAAAAAGUGAUAUAACCUUAGUUUGUACAUGUCUUUGAGUUUGUCUCAUGUUGCAUAAGUUUAUAAGCUUCCCUUA